AUGCAGUGCCCUGAGGUGUGGAAUUUUAAGGAACCUGAAUCAACGUUCAAAUCGCAAAUUGUAGACGCAAAUGGUCUCAGUAACCUAAACAAAAUCAAGAAUUUUUACUAUAACCAUUUAGCUUCAAUAAUUCUUCCUGACACACUAAGAGUACCUAAAACCCUAACAGAAACUCUCAACACUGACUGUGAUUAUUACUCUAUUAAAAAUAUUAAUUUACAAGAUCUACUGGAUUGCAAUUUUCUGGUUUGCUUUGUUAGAAGUGGUACAUUAACAUUACUAAGCGUAAACACAAGAAUCGACUGCGACACUUGUGUCUGUAUAACACCAACAGGUCAUCUUAUACUCAAUGUGGACAAAGAGACUUUUCAGACAUUAGGGCUUGAAGGAAAAGUGUCGCAUUUCCAUUCUAAAGUUAAAAGCAGAUACUUUAUAGAUAUUGAUUUAACCAAAGAAAACUUCCUUCCCGGAAAUCCUUUCUAUGAACGCGUCAAGUUUUCUCUAAGCAAACUACCUGAUAUCUCCAUUGUGCUAACUUGGAAACCUCCAAAAGACGAAAUAUGCCCUUCAUCAAUAGCAAAUCAUCUUUCAAAAAAGUACACAGUCAAACAAUGUAGUCUCAAACAUGACACUCAGAUAGUUUAUUCUGUAAAAGUCCCAGAUAUCAAUUUGGAAAACUGCAAUGAGGAGGAUAUUGUGGAUUUUGUUGAGUGGUUAGGUAUGGUUGCAUUAGACGUAAAUUUUGAUGAUUUUGUGGAUGAUCAUCACAAAGAAUACCUAAACUCUUAUCAAACACCCACACCAAAUAUACACACUGGGCAAGUUAGAGUGCUCCAGUGGAGAGGAAUGUUUACUUUCAAUGCAGUCGAGCAAUUAAUAGAAGAAGCUAGAAAAUAUAUAAAAUCUGAAGGUAAACCUUGGGCAGCCAUAUAUGUACAGGGUUUCUCAGACUCGCCUGUUGCAUGGUCUAACAAUGAACAUCAUUACUUUAUGAGUGGAGACAAUGGCUAUAUUAUAAUAAUUAAAGAUGAUAAAUUUGCAGUUUGCACAAAUGAAUGCUCAAAAAAGAAAUACAAAUAA